AUGUCGGACCUCUUCCACACUCAGUUCCCAGGGUUGGUGUGCACAGUCACAGCCGGAGGAGCCGUAGCCGAGAGAAAGACGACUGCCACCCGAAUCGCGGGGACCAUCCGCCUCUUUGGGAUGGACCAGGUUGGUCAGCUCGCCAAAAUCUCGGAGGUCCUUCAUGCCUGCGGCAUGACCAUCCUCAACCUGUAUGUGACGACCGGCGUCUGUGACGUGGAGACCUGUGAGUUUGUGGUGCGCGAAGGCGGUCCUCUCUCCGAGAACGUCAUCACUGUGGCAGCGAUGAACAAGGAGACCUUUGAAGAGGAGGCCUUCCGAAACGAGGUGGAGGACGCCUCCCAAGAGGUAGGCUACGCUGUGACAUCGAUCAUCCUUGAGGGUGAGAAGCACCGGCCACAGCAACUUGCGCGAUACUACCUUAACCGCAAGAGCUUCAUGGGUGAGUGGGCCAAAGGCCACACGAAGCCGUCCUGCAUCCUCGCAGCGUCGUAG